CUCGAAACGCCCAUCGAUCGAACGUUCCCCCGUCUGUCUCCACCCCUCCUCUCCUUGCUUUAGCCCCGCCAUCGUCAUCUCUAUCUUCUCUAUUUACUUAUUUGUUCAUCCACACACCACACACCACACACCACUUCUUUGCUCUCUCUCUCCCUCUCUCUCUCUCACGUACACACGCCGCCCGCCAACACCAUGUCCGACCACCAAUACAAGUUCAACGUCAGCAUGAGCUGCGGCGGUUGCUCCGGUGCCGUGGAACGAGUCCUGAAGAAGCUUGAGGGUGUCAAGUCCUUCGACGUCAACCUGGAAUCCCAAACCGCCAUCGUUGUCACCGAACCUUCUGUGCCCUACGAUACCGUGCUGGCUACGAUCAAGAAGACUGGAAAGACGGUCAACAGUGGAGAGGCUGAUGGCCAGACUAUGAGUGUCUAAAGAAAGAAAAGAAAAGAAAAGAAAAGAAAAGGGAAAAAGAAAAGAGAAAGAGCAAAAUCAGAAGAACCAUAUGGAGCCCGGGGUUGGCCUUGUGGAGGUGACGAAGCUUUCGUCCGAAGGGG